AUGGACGUACUGAAGGAAGCAAGAGUGCUUGCGGUUUCGUCAUGUCCAAUUGCUGCCGGCUACGUGCUCCAACAGAGUCUUCAGCUCGCAAGUAUCUUCAUCGUUGGCCGGUUGGGAUCUGUUGAACUCUCCAUUGUCGCCUUCUCAUAUAUGAUCGCCACAGGCACAGGAUGGCUUCUUGCAAUAGGGGGUACAACUGCAAUUGACCCUCUGGGAUCCAUGUCAUUCACGAAAGGAGGCCAUAUUGGCGAAAUCGGAAUCUUGCUCCAGAAAUAUCUCGUUUCCACAGGCAUCCUCUUUAUGCCUAUUGCCGGGUUCUGGUAUUUCAGCGCUUCUUUCCUUUUAUAUUUCGGCCACCCUGCUGAAUUGGCGUAUGGCACGCAGACGUUCCUGCGUGCUCUCACUCCUUUUGCUAUCGGAUACAUCCUUUUUGAAGCAUUAAAGAAGUAUCUUCAGUGUCAAGAAAUUCGUACCCCAGGAACGCUCAUUUUGCUAGUGGCAUCCAUACUCAACAUCCCUACAAGCUAUCUCUUUGUCCAUACUUUUGGCUGGGGUCUUACCGGUGGCGCCUGUGCAACCGGAAGCAUGUACUGGUUAUGCGCUCUCUCAGCGCUAGCUUAUAUCCGAUUCUCAGAUGCUUCAGAGGCAUGGCGUGGUUGGUCUAGAGAAUGCUUGCAAGACCUCCGGGGCUUCACCAAGACUGUCCUCCUGGGAAUUGUCAGCGUUGGAGCUGAAUGGUGGGCAUUUGAAAUAAUUGCCCUAGCCGCAGGGUCAAUGGGGCAGAGUUCUGCAUCUGCGCAGUCCAUCAUCAUGUCUACUGAUUCCUUGCUGUCUCUCUUCCCCUUCGGAGCAGGCAUCGCCACGACAAAUCGUGUUGCGAGCUUGCUGGGCGCUGGCAACGUUAAACAGGCAGACAUUGCCGCUCGUGCUGCCUCUGUGAUUGCUGCAAGCACCGGACUCGUGGUGAUGGCCGGGCUUCUUCUUUUCGGUCGACAAAUCGCCCUCCUUUUCACGGACGAUCCGAACAUAGUAUCACUCGCUGUUGCUGUCUUCCCAUGCGUUGCUGCAUUCCAGAUCUCCGACGGUCUACAAGCUGCCAAUGCCGGCGUUCUGAGAGCCGUUGGGAAGGUGAGUAUAGCGGCAGUGGUCAACAUGCUGGCUUACUACUGUAUUGCCACUCCCAUCGGGAUUUUCCUUGCGUUCAAACUGGGAUAUGGACUGUACGGCCUUUGGGCCGGUUUGGCGCUGGCUUUGACUCUGGCAGGCCUUGCUGAGUUGGUAAUGGUCUUCUCCAUGAAUUGGUCCCAGUUUGGACAAGACUGCGAUCUAGAGAGCCUGUCACCGGAACAGAUUAACUUCUGA